CGAACUUACAUCUUCCGAAUUCGAACUUCAAGACGUCAAUCAAACCAAUCAUUCAUUCGCCAACGCCAACGCCGACCACUCCUCCUACCCUACCAUCCGAAAGUCGAAAUUUCCUAUAUCUUUGAUAUAGAUCUCCUCAGACCGUAUUAGCCAUGGCCGCCGCACGCCCUUUGUACAACGCCAUUUUCCGAACCAACUGGCAAAUGCUGGGUUUUGUCUUUACCGGGGCUUUCGCUUUCGAGAUGUUAUUCGACACCGGCAUGAAUAAGCUCUGGGAUAACUUGAACCGAGGGCGACAAUGGAAGGAUAUCCGACACCGAUACGUCCAAGAGGAAUAAGCGGGCUAUUGCUAAAGUUCAAAUGUUCUGAGUGAGGUUAGAGAUAGGGACAUACGAGAACUUCCGGAGACGAUCGGGUGUAUCGAAAACUACCUAACCUAACCUAUACAAUUGUUGUACCUUAUAGACCGGAACAAUUCUUUAUAGCACAGUUCGCACCAAGCUAUAUCUCAGCCUAUCCAUAUCUGCUCCCGACGAACGACUGCGUGAGCCUUGGAUGGAUGAUUUAUGUACCUAACCUAGAUUAUAUAUCUGAACAUCCUGAUUCAGGCGCCUGGAACAAAUAUAUAGAGCCAUUGACCUAACUCGAUUUAUUAAGGUGUAAAUGUUGGGCUCACUUACAUAUUAAUUGCUCUUUUGUCGAAUUAGAUUUAAAUAUCGUAUAUGCAACUCAUUGUGACAAGGGGAAAACGUUAUGUAUUGCAAUUUUAGGGUGAAAUUGUGCAACUCGAUAAGAUUAUCAUACCUAUUACAAGUACAAGCAGAUCGAUUUUUUUUUAUAGAUGAGGUGUAACAUUCCAUUUCCGCCGUGAUGAUACUGACGGUGUACGGCGUGUAAAUGUAUAAUAGGUAUCAUAUUGUACAUUGGGCUAUAAGGCGGGUAAUAUUACCUAACCUGUUUGGCAAGGAAAACGCCAUAGCGCCUGAG